UUUUAUUUAAAAGGAUUAAAAUUAAUAAUUCUACCCAUUAAUAUGGAUGCAUCAAGACCUAUUACACAUGAAUCAGAAAACUAUUUGAGUCAGUUUAAAGAAAAGCAAUCCAGGAAAAUAAAACAAUUCACUGCAGCACAAUUUGUGGAAGUAUGGAAUCAUUACGAUCAGGACGGGAAUGGCUAUAUUGAGGGGAGGGAAUUGGACAAAUUUCUUCGCGAAUUCGUGUCAACUGUGUUUGCCGAUGAAAUCGGAGACGAGAAAAUAACUCAGGAGGAGUUAGAAUUGAUGAAAAAGGAGUUCAUGAAUACUUUUGAUGAGAACUCGGACAACCGGAUAGAACUCAUGGAGAUGGCCAAAAUCCUGCCAACUGAUGAAAAUUUCCUGCUUUUGUUCCACCGGGAUAACCCACUUGAGUCGAGCGUGGAGUUUAUGAAGGUGUGGAAAUGUUUUGAUAAAGACCGAAGCGGAUUUAUCGAGGCUGAUGAAUUGAAGGACUUUCUGCGCCAUUUACUACAGCUGGCUAAACCACAUGAGGUCGUUGAUGAAUCCAAAUUAAUUGAAUACACAACUUCUGUGUUGGAGCUAUUUGAUCAAAACAGAGAUGGAAAAUUGCAGCUGAGUGAAAUGGCCAGACUGCUACCAGUAAAAGAAAAUUAUUUGUGCAGACCCAUAUUUAAAAACGCAAAACAAUUGACAGCGGAAGACAUUGAUCGCGCAUUUUCUCUCUACGACGUAGAUGGAAACGAUACUAUUGAAGAUGAAGAAUUAGAGGGAUUUUUGAAGGACCUGCUUGAGUUAGCUCAGGAAGACUAUGACGAGAAAGACCUGAGUUUCUUUAAACGAAUAAUCAUGGACAAGUGGGAUAUUAACAAUGAUGGGAAAAUUAACCGAGAUGAGCUUAAAAUGAUGUUGCUACAACAAGCAAAAUUACUGCAACAAUCACAAAGCGCGAGCAGAUCAAGUUAA